CAAUUCCAUCUCUCUCCCUCUCAUUGGCAAUUUGGCACAAAAGCUUCAGCUUCAAAAUAAAAAUAAAAAAGAUGCUCUCCCUCUGCUCUGCAACAACUUCUAAGCUCUAACCUCUAAGCCAAAACCAGUUCUCUUUUUGCUUAUUGCUAACUUCUGGACUUUUGGGUUUUCUUGUUUAUCUGCUCUGCUCUGCAACUCUCUUCUUGGAAGGCGCUUUUUCGCCUCGAAACCUCGUCGUUUUCUGCAUCUUCUUCUGCCGCACUUUUACUCCUUUCUCCUUUCACUCUCUUCGAGAUUCAUAAAUCCCAUUACCCUUUUCUUUAAAAAAUAAAGAAGAAACCCCCCAAAAGGAAAACUAUCAUUUCAUUUUAUUCCAUUUUCCAGGUGGAAUUUCCGUUUCCUUUCCUUUCCUUUCCUUCUCUUUUUCCCAGUAAAAGUAAAGAUGAAUGCCAGAGUCCGCGCCAGCAUUCAAACCGUGGAAACUUUGAAUCAUGACAAGAAGGUGAAAAAGUUAGAGACUGGGAGGAGCAAGGCGAUGGGGAAUGACAAAUCUGGGACUAUCAUAAAUCGGCGCAAAUCAAACUGGGAAAGGAAAAUGGCAUUGCUACAAGAUGUUGAUAAGCUGAAGAAGAAGCUCAGACAUGAAGAGAAUGUUCACAAGGCAUUGGAAAGGGCUUUUACUAGACCUUUAGGAGCUCUCCCUCGUCUUCCUCCAUAUCUCCCUCCUUAUAUAUUAGAACUUCUCGCUGAAGUAGCUGUUUUAGAGGAAGAGGUUGUUAGGCUAGAAGAACAGGUUGUCAAUUUCAGACAAGGACUUUAUCAGGAAGCUGUAUAUGUAUCAUCCUCCACAAAGAAUUUGGACAAUUCCGUAGAUACAAUGGAGCCUAUCUCGACAAGAAUUCCGAAGCAUCGAAGAACGAAGUCAUUUUGCCAAAAUGAGCUCAAUUCUGUAAACUCAACAGCCAGGCUGCAGCCUUCACUGGCCAGAUGUUCUUCGAGUCGAAAGCUGUUAUCGAAUGACAACAUCUUCGAUCGUAAUGGUAACUGUUCUAACAGGUUUUCCAAUGCCAAACAUGCUUUUGGGAAACCGAGUUCCUUUUUGUUUCUUCCAGAAGAUGGGCUAGGAAAAGAGAAUCAAUCAUAUGCAAAUUCUAUGAAAAAUAAGCCAUCUCCUGAUAAGAAAGUUGAUAGAAUCAUAAGCCCACUAAAGAAGUCUCCUUUGAAGCAAGAAUUUUUGGAGAAGAACUCAAGUCCUUUGAAGUUUCAGCUGGAUUUCAGACUAGAAAGAGAAAGAGCAAAGGACAAUUCAUCUUGUUUGUCAGAUGAUAUAGAGGCUAGCAGCUCACCUAACAAAAUUUCUGAAGACAUUGUGAAGUGUUUGUCAUCCAUUUUCAUAAGACUGAGUUCAUCAAAGGAAAAAGCUAUGGACUCGUCUGAAGCAAACGGAACAGCAGAGUUGCAAGAUCCUUAUGAUGUCUGUUCAGAUUUCAAAUCUAGAAACAUUGGUCCCUACAGACAUCUCUGUGCGAUCGAAGCUAGUUCCGUGGAUCUCAACCGAUCAACUAAUGUAGUUUUUCUAAUUCAUAGGCUUAAAAACUUGUUCCAGAGGCUCGCCUCGGUUAACUUGGCAGGUCUUAACCAUCAGGAGAAGCUAGCUUUCUGGAUCAACACCUACAAUUCCUGCAUGAUGAAUGCAUUUUUAGAGCACGGUAUACCUGAGACUCAUGAAAGAGUAGUAACACUGAUGCAAAAGGCAACAAUUAUUGUGGGAGGACACGUUCUAAAUGCAAUAACAAUUGAGCAUUUCAUCUUGAGACUUCCUUAUCAUCUGAAGUUUACCUGCCCGAAAGCAGUAAAGAACGACGAGAUGAGAGUGCGCAGUGUGUUCGGAUUGGAAUGUUCUGAACCGUUGGUUACUUUUGCACUCUGUUGCGGAAGCUGGUCGUCUCCUGCUGUGAGGGUGUACACAGGAGGUAAAAUUGAAGAGGAGUUAGAAAUAGCAAAGAGGGAAUAUUUAGAGGCAGCAGUUGGGAUUUCAAAGGCAAAUAAGUUGAAGAUUCCAAAGCUUUUGGAUUGGUAUCUGCUUGACUUUGCAAAGGAUUUGGAGUCACUGUUGGAUUGGGUUUGCUUCCAACUUCCAAAUGAGCUGAGAACUGAGGCUGUAAAAUGCCUUGAGAGGAAAGGAAGAGAGCCCGUUUCACAAUUAGUCCAAAUAAUGCCAUAUAAUUUCAGCUUCAGAAUGCUCUUACACAGAUGAGAGGAAACCUUUUUCUAUCAUAUAUAUAUAUAUUUUUUGUUUAAUCAUUUAUUUGCCUGUGUUUCAACUCUCCAAUCCUCAAUGUUCUUUGAAAGUUGAAUGUGCUGCUGGGUUUAUAUACUGUAAACAUACAAGACACAGUUGCACUAGAGAAUAAGGAUACAUAGCGAUUAGUUUUUUUGGUUAUGAUUUUGUAUUGAUUAUGGGAUUUGGUUGAAUAAAAGUUUAGUUCUGGGGAAUAAUUUUAAACA